CUUAAUCCUUACAAAUGCCGAACAACACGACUACAUUAAACAAGUGUCCUCAUCAUCCUUCCCCCUUUUAUCAUCACCACACUCUUAUAUAUUCAAUCAAAAUGCCACCAUUCUCAGUCACUCGUCACCCAAACCCCACUUCUAAACCAUCGUAAUACAUUCUUCAAAAUGUCCAUCAAAGGGACCACAUUUAUGAAUAACAACUCCGUUUCGGGAGUUUCAAGAAUGAGGCAAUCACAGUCGUUGCGAGUGUCGGGUCGUUAUCCUAUGGUAGUGUCUAUGAUGAACCGCAAUGGCCGACCGGAAACAAGCGUUGGCGUUUCGGUAGACAACGUUGUUAAGGAGGUUAAUGGUCCGAUCAUGGUCGAAGUUGUCGACCGUAAACUAAAACAACAGUCUAGUGUUGUUGUCGAAGGUAGCUCUGAUGACGUGUACAUCGAGGAUAUGUCCACUAAGGAUGAAUAUGUCACUCCUUUGUCUGUUUCUGUUGCCAGUGGUUACUCACUGCUGCGUAAUCCACGCCACAACAAAGGUCUAGCAUUCACAGAAAAUGAAAGAGAUGCUCAUUACAUACGCGGUCUUCUUCCACCCGGUGUUGUUAAACAAGAUCUUCAGGUGAAGAAGACGAUGAAUGAUCUCCGCCAAUAUGAAGUACCUUUGCAUAAGUACCAAGCCAUGAUGGCUCUUCAAGAGAGAAAUGAGAGGCUAUUUUACAAGCUGCUAGUUGAAAAUGUUGAGGAGCUCCUUCCAAUUGUAUACACUCCAACUGUUGGUGAAGCAUGCCAAAAGUAUGGUAGCAUUUUCAAGCGGCCGCAGGGUUUGUUUAUCACUAUAGAAGAUAAGGGGAGAAUUCUUGAGAUUUUAAAUAAUUGGCCGGAGAAGGAUAUUCAAGUUAUCAUUGUCACAGACGGUGAACGGAUCUUGGGACUUGGAGACCUUGGUUGCCAGGGGAUGGGGAUUCCAGUGGGAAAGUUAUCUCUUUAUACUGCCCUUGGAGGAAUUCGUCCUUCGGCUUGCUUGCCUAUAACCAUAGAUGUGGGUACAAACAAUGAGAAACUCUUAAAUGAUGAAUUCUACAUUGGUCUGCGACAAAAAAGAGCAACCGGACAGGAAUAUGCAGAACUUAUGAAUGAAUUUAUGUCUGCUGUGAAGCAAAACUAUGGGGAGAAGGUGCUUAUUCAGUUUGAGGAUUUUGCUAACCACAAUGCGUUUGAUCUUCUUGCAAAGUAUAGUCCCACCCACCUUGUUUUCAAUGACGACAUACAGGGGACAGCGUCGGUAGUACUUGCAGGGCUUAUAUCCGCGCUAAAAUUAGUUGGUGGAUCCUUAGCUGACCAUAGAUUCCUUUUCCUUGGAGCUGGUGAGGCUGGCACUGGCAUUGCUGAACUUAUAGCUCUUGAGAUAUCAAAACAGACGCGGGCCCCACUGGAAGAGGCUCGCAAGAAGAUUUGGCUUGUGGAUUCCAAGGGGUUGAUAGUUAAAUCCCGGUUAAAUUCACUUCAACAUUUCAAGAAACCAUGGGCCCAAGAACACCAGCCCGUUACAGAUCUCCUAGAUGCCGUCAAGGCGAUCAGGCCAACUGUGUUGAUUGGAUCUUCAGGGGUAGGACAGACAUUUACUAAAGAAGUAGUUGAAACUAUGUCAUCUUUUAACAAGAAACCGAUUAUUCUUGCUCUUUCAAACCCGACUUCGAAAUCUGAAUGUACUGCCGAACAAGCUUAUACUUGGAGUGAGGGUCGUGCCAUAUUCGCUAGUGGGAGCCCGUUUGGCCCGGUUGAAUAUAACGGGAAAGUUUACGUAUCUGGACAGUCAAACAAUGCAUACACUUUCCCUGGAUUGGGCCUGGGCUUGAUAAUUUCUGGUGCGAUUCGUGUUCAUGACGACAUGCUUUUAGCAGCCUCUGAAGCACUUGCUGCACAAGUCACACUAGAGCAUAUUGAGAAAGGACUAAUAUACCCUCCGUUCACUAAUAUUCGAAAGAUUUCGGCUCAUAUUGCUGCCAAGGUGGCAGCCAAAGCAUAUGAACUUGAUUUGGCUAGUCGGUUUCCUCAACCAGAAAACCUGAUAGCUUAUGCUGAGAGCUGCAUGUACAGUCCUAAUUAUCAGAAAUAUCGCUAGAAAAUGCUUCUGCUCUUUAAUAAUAGAGUAUUUAGGUCAUUUUUGGUAUUAUAUGUGUUGGCGUCGCGUUGAUGCUUUUGUGCUGAUUUUCUUUUUAGUAAGCUACAUAAAUUGU